CGCGCGGACGCAGAGGUGGAGGCGCAUUCCCAGCUGGGACAGCGCGUGAGGAGGAUGUCCCGGAGCGGCUGAGCGCCUCCAGCAGCCCUCACCUGCACCUCUCCGUCGGUGUGCUCCCCCCGGCAUCAUGCGGGACCUGGCGCGCCGCCUCGCGCUCUGCGCGCUCCUCGGCUCCGUUUGCGCGCCGUGCCCCCAGCGCUGCGAGUGCUCGGAGAUGGCGCUCACCGUGAAGUGCGUCUCCAAAGACCUGCGCAGCUUCCCGGCCGGGAUCCCCGGAUACACCAGGAGCCUGUUCGUGACGGGGAACCAGAUCAGCCGGCUCGGUCCGGAGUCGAUCAGAGGUCUGGAUAAUCUGACCAUCCUCAACCUGAGCGGAAACAGGAUUUCCGUGCUAGAGUCCCACACCUUCUCCAGGCUCCACAGACUCCGCUCUCUGGAUCUGAGCAACAACCAGCUGGCCGUCAUCCACCCUGAAGCCUUCAGUGUCCCUAACCAGUUCCUGCGAGAGCUCAACCUCAGCAUGGCCCUCUACAACCACUCGGCGGUGCUGGACCUGGCCGGCUCUUUCCGCUGGAGCUCCCUGAGCAGCUUGACGGUUCUGGAUCUUUCUAACAACGGCCUCAUCUUCUUGCCAUCUCAGAUCUUCUCCAACCUGAACAGCCUGCAUCAGCUGCUGCUCUCCAACAACUCCUUGGUGGCCAUCCACAACUCCACGCUCUCUGGUUUGGAAAGCCUGCAGGAGCUCCACCUCACUCACAACGCCUUCAAGAUGUUUCCAGAGGAGGUUCUGCGAGAGUUCGACUCCCUGCCCAGAGCGACACUUUUCCUUAGGGAGAACCCGUUAACGUGCACGUGUGGAAUCGAACCUUUCGCUUUGUGGCUCAACAGCUCCCAGAACCGCGUGGCAGACGCAGAGGACCUGGUGUGCUCCUUCCCGGCCGCCAUGAGGAACACCUCAUUGCUGGCUGUGGGCAGACUAACUCUGGAGUGUCACCAGACGGACCCGGAGGCAGACGUGGCCCUGCAGACGUCUUACGUCUUCUUGGGGUUAGUCCUGGGUUUCAUCGGCCUCAUCUUCCUCUUCGUGCUCUUCCUGAACCGUAAGGGCAUCAAGAAGCGAAUCAACGACAUGCGGGACGCCUGCAGGGAGGUUUGGGAGGGCUACCACUACCGCUUUGAGCUGGACUCUGAUCCCAGGUUAUCGCAGCUCUCCAACAGCGCCGACGCUUGAGGAGACAUCCUCUUUGGCUCUCUGACUGAUGUGAUGCAGUAAUGCAGAGUGGAAUGUAAAGGUGUACUGUAAUGUCUGUGAAAAUGGUUCCCUGCAGACGUUUGACUGGAGCAUGCACCCUGAAGUGCCUGAGGUCUCCGGUCUGGGAUCAGAAUCAGGCAGAAGAUGCUCAGAUCCAAACUCAGCAGAAGCAAACAAUGGUGCAAUCAAAUUCAAAGCACAGACAGACAGCCAUUCAUCUUUGAUCCUUUUGCUCCUUCUGGUCCGCUGCCCCGGGGAGCAGAGAGGAGUUAAGGCGCCAAAAGCCCUGCCCUGAGAAUUGGCUGCAGGAUCAGAAAGGGGGGUGUCAGCACAAGCGGAAGCCUCAGCUCCUUUAUUUUUCCCCCUUUUUUCCCCCUCAAACAUUUGGUUUCAACUCCUUGAGUUUUAUUGUCAGAGUGAUGAGAAGCAGUCCUAGCCAGGCUGAGGCCGCUGAAAGCAGCCCCGCCCCUCCACUCAUCUGGAAGACAACAGCGGCUCCGGGGGCAAUUUGAAGGAAAAGUCUGUCCAGGUUUUUCUGUUUAGGCCCCUUUUUUCUCCUGAUAAGAUGCAGACGCAUUUCCUUCAGAGCUCCUCUUGAGAUCCAGGGAGGAGCUCGGCCUCCUGCUCCAUGACCCUUUCCUUUUGGGGAAAGCUUUUUCAAAAAUCUGAUGUGUGAUUCGCAUGUCUAAACAAACUCUGAUUGUAAGAAUCUGUCCUGAGGGUCACAGUGAUGAAUCUGUGGCCGUCUGAUUCCAACAGGCUGAAAGGAGAAACUAGCUGUUUUCCUCUGUUUAUGAACCUGUUAGAGAUGAGGGGCUUGUGGAUUUAGAUCAACUCCUUGUAUUAAACCAGAGUCCUUCAGCGGCUCGUCCUGCAUGUGGAAUGGCAGACUUUAGCUGGAGUGAAAUGAGAGAAAUGAUGGUCUGGACCUGGCUUCAACCAUGAGACUCACUGUUGCUUCCAUGGUCCCCAACAGUCCUGCUGAUGCUCCUUCUGCCCCGCGGACUGCCAUCAUGCUGGCGUGUGAUGGGAUUCAGUCUUGAUGACGUGGUCUGACUAUUGUUCAGUGUCUUUGUUCCUCCUAAUCGCCGGUGGAAGCAAAAUCCAGGAGGAGCUUUUAUUUUGUGUGCAGGACCCUGCACGGGUUACUGCUGUCCACUUCCUGAGGAGAAAAACUAUUUACUGCAUGUCAUUCCUUCUGUUUUCACUCAUUAAAGUGUGGCUUUCUGUG